AUGAUGGCGGAUCUCGAGACGCCUGAAGUAUCGAUAUUGCUACUUGGAGAUGCUGAGACUGGGAAAUCAACAUUUUUGUCGCGGAUAAGUAAAGGCUCCGUAGCUCACGAUAAGAAGGGCCCCAUUUCUCUCCUCCGAGAUGGUGACCAGCCCUUCGUCUUCGACAUCACCUUUUUCAACCGUCCUUACCGAUUUGAGUUCUAUGAUACAUCUAGUCCUGAGAACUGGACUCUGCUGCAUCCAGAUGUUAUAGUUCUAUGUUAUGAUAUAUCUUCACGUCUAUCUCUUAUCCAUGCUCAAAGAUUUUGGAUACAAGAAAUUAAACGCAUCUUCACUUUCCAAAAGGAGCUUCCGAUCCUUUUCCUCGGUCUCAAACGUGACCUACGCAGCGAAGAUGACCCGAAUGGCAUCAUCUACCCACAGGAAGCGUACCGUAUUGCCCAGGAGAUGAGAUGCGACCGGUACCUGGAGUGUAGUGCUAUGACAGGUGAGCUAGUUCAUGAAGUCUUUGAGGAUAUUUGCAGGACAGCUGCAAUGAGUGGGAAGAAGGAAGGCACAGGAGGCUUGAGUGAGGGCGGAUGUGAGAUUAUGUGA